GGCUCUUUUUUUUUUUUUUUUACCACAGCCUCGUAGACUCUAAGCCUCGUUGUUGUCGCGUUGUUUAUGUUAGCAUGAAAUGCUAACAAAUGUGAAGAUUUAAAGCAGACUCAAGAUGAACACGGCUUUAAAGCAUUGGAAGGAGGCGGCCACUGUGAUCUUGGCUGCUGGGACAAAGUACAAGCGAAGUGUUGAGUCUCUAUGGAGAGAAACAAACCCGGUACCAAACCCAGCUUUCGAUUAUGAAGUCCUGCUGCUCAAGCGGAGCGGGAAAAGCGGCUUCAUGCCCAACGCUUAUGUGUUUCCAGGUGGAUUAGUGGGACCGUCCGACUUCUCCGCCGAGUGGUUGGAAGUUUUUAAAACGUUCAGACACUUGCCCAAGUUCGGCAUAGCGACGGUGAAGCAGCCGCAGGACACGAGACCGCCGAUGUUCGCGACUGACCGGAAACAGCUCGGUUCUCCGAUCCCGGGGGACGUCGCGUUCAGAAUCUGUGCCGUGAGAGAGACGUUUGAGGAAUCAGGGGUGCUGUUGGUGUUGCCCAGUCAGGAGGCAAACCCGCAAAACACUGACCAGCACUCCGGAAAUGACAAGUCGGAUAACUGCGUUACUCGGUCGGGGCUUACAGAAUUGUCCGAUCGCUGGGACAAAAGUCUGAUCGCUAAGUGGAGAUCGCUGGUUCUGGAGAACUCGUGGAAUUUUAUCCGGAUGUGCAGAGAACUCGAGUGUUUACCCAACAUAUGGGCUCUGUACGAGUGGGGGAACUGGCUCACUCCCACCGGUGUGUCCCGGCAGCAGAGAAGAUACGACACUGCCUUCUACAUGUGCUGCUUAAAGGACAUCCCGGACACACUGCAGGACCAGAGGGAGAUAGAACUUUAUAAGUGGUCUACGCCACCUGAAAUACUUCACAGCUACCGGGAAAGGAAAGUUUGGAUCGCACAUCCUCAGUUAUAUGAUAUUGGACGAAUGUGCAAGCUUCCAUUACUAAGUGACCUUCACGACUUUGCCAAACAGAGAUCGAUAGAAGGCUGUGAGCGGUGCCUACCUGUUAUCUUGAAGGCUACUGACUGCAACAUUUCACUCUUACCAGGUGACAGUUUAUACCCAGAGAAAACUGAUAGCAGUGUGUCUACAGAGAAGUGUUUGGAGGAGCUGCAGAAGGACAGUCCAAAUCUGCAUCGCAUUGUGAUACACAGUCCUUACAAAAACUCUAUCUAUAUGAACAUCACACCUAAAUACAAGCAUCUACCUCCUCAAACCACCUCCGAGUCCAAGCAUGACAGCAAGCUCUAACACUGAAUUUAUGGCAGUGUUCUAAGGGUACAAUUAACCUAAUGUAGGUAGGUAAAAGCUUUACAGAUUUAAUAAAUUAGUUUAAUAUUGUAAAGUAUGAGUUUGAUGUAAAAGUUACUGCUUCUGGAUGUGAUGUUGAAUUCAGUCAUUGAGGCUAAAUAUGGUUGAAUAAAGUAAACCAACAUGUGCUAUAUUUAUCCUUUGUAGUAGAUUUUAUCAUUGUAGUACAGCUAACAGGUGCAUCUAAAAAAAAUUGUAAUGUCAUGGAAAAGUUUUUUUUAUUUUUUUCCCCCCUGUAAUUUAAUUCAAAAAGUCAAACUUUCAUAUUUUCUAGAUUUGUUACACAAAAAGAAAUAUUUCAAGCCUUUUUUGCUUUAAUCUUGAUGCUUACAGCUCAUGGAAAUCAAAAAUUCAGUAUCUCAAAAUAUUAGAAUAAAGAAUUUAUAAUACAGAAAUGUCGACCUUCUGAAAAGUAUGUUAAUUUAUGCACUCAAUACUUGGUCAGAGCUCCUUUUGCAUGAAUUACUGCAUCAAUGCGGCAUGGCAUGGCGGCAAUCACCCUGUGGCACUGCUGAGGUGUUCUGGAAGUCCAGGUUGCUUUGAUAGCGGCCUUCAGCUUGUCUGUAUUGUUGGGUCUGUUGUCACUCAGAUUCUCUAUGGGGUUCAGGUCAGGCGAGAUCGCUGCCAAUCAAGCACAGUAACACCAUGGUCAGCAAACCAGUUACUAGAAGUUUUGGCACUGUGGACAGGUGCCAAGUCCUGCUGGAAUAGGAAACCAGCAUCUCCAUAAAGCUCGUCAGCAGACGGAAGCAUGAAGUUCUCUAAAAUCUCCUGGUAGACGCUGCAUCGACUCUUGACUUGAGAAAACACAGUGGACCAACACCAGCAGAUGACAUGGCAACCCAAAUCAUCACCGACUGUGGAAAAUGCACACUGGACUUCAAGCAACUUGGAUUCUGAUCCUCUCCACUCUUCCUCCAGAAUCUGGGACCUUGAUUUCCAAAUGAAAUGCAAAAUUUACUUUAAUCUUCCCCAUGAUUGUGGUUGUGUAUACUGAACCAGACAGAGAUUAAAGGCUCAGGAAACCUUUGCAGGUGUUUUGAGUUAAUUAGCUGAUUAGAGAUCUUCUCAGGUCAACAUUUCUGUAUUAUUAAUUCUUUAUUCUAAUAAUUUGGGAUACUGGAUUUUUAAUUUUACAUGUGCUGUAAGCCGUAAUCAAGAUUAAAACAAAAACAAAGGCUUGAAAUAUUUAAAUUUGUGUAAUGAAUCUAGAAUAUAUGAAAGUUCCAUUAAAAAAAAAAUUAAAUUACAGAAAAAAAAACCCCCAAACAUUUCCACAAUAUUCUCAUUUAUAAUGAUUGUCAUCUAGUGACACAUUUCAUUAAGUCAAGUAUAUACAGGUGCAUCUCAAAAAAUUAGAUCACUAUAGGGUGGCAGAUAGGUGCUGCAUGUCCCAUUGCUGCUUCACAGCCCCAGGAUUUCUGGUUUGGUCCUAUGCUCAAGUUACUGUGUGGCAUUUCACAUGUUCUCCCUUUGCCUGCAUGGGUUUCUUCCCACCCCCCCAAAAACCAUGCCAGUAGGCUAAUUGGUUAUUCCAACCGAGGUGUGUUCCCUGACCAGGAUAAAGCAGUUACAGAUGACGAAUGUAGGAAUCUCAAUAUAAAUAACAAAAUGCUGCAUAUAAGUAACCUGAACAGUUGUGACUAUACCAUAGUUGUUGCAUAAGAAUAACUAACUGUACAUACAUUACAAUGAGUCAUAGCUCAGGUCCUUUUGAGCUGAAGCUAUAGAAGUUGUGGUAAGAAAAGCAAAAGGUUUAAGCAAUAACGAAACAUUAAUUUAAACUAGAAAAACUGUAUAAUAAUAAACAAAAACAUCAGUAAAAGUUCAGACACAAAGGGUGUGAAUCUUUUCAGUUUAAUCAGACAAACAACCCGACCAAAGAAACUACAAAAUGACUUCGCGUUGUAUGCACGUUGCUAUACUUCUGUGGAGACAGUAGCAUGAAAAUUUUAACUUCCAUCACAAUUUAAAUAAACCUCAACAGAAAACAUUCAGAAAUAACACUCCUCUAGACAUCUAAUGAAAUCCUCACUCUACAAUUCCAGUGAAAACCAUAACUUAAAUGACAGAAAAAGAAAAGAAAAGAAAAGAAAAAAAAUCAGCUUUUAAUUCAACUGAAGGCUGCUUCAUAGAAUUACUUAAUUUGUUUUUAGACUUAUGUUUGGUCAUGGUGGCAAGUUCUACAUGGCUCCACUUAUUAGGAUUUCAAAUUUCACAUUGCGAAACAGAACUUGGAAGUAGAAAAAGGCAAAAACUGUACAAUUUCUUACUAUUAAAUACAAUCACUCUGUACCAAUAAUGACAAACAUCCCACAGGUAAGUUUUUCAGAGUACAUUUAAACAAACAGCAGCUUAAAAUCUAGAUAUAAAAUGCCAAAAUUUGCAACGUUAAUCCCAAUUCGCCAACAAUAGGUCUUUUUUUUUUUGCUAGCAAUCUACUGUUGAAAUAAAAGCUACUGAAAACAGGGUGCCAAAUUUUCAAAAGAGG